UUGACAUUGACGGACCACUUUAGAGGUUGUUUGCUUCUGGUAGCAUCUUUCGUUCAAUUUAUUAAAAGUUUUCCAAAAAAUCGAUAUGGAAGGUAAAACGGAAGAAAAGCCAGGUGCUGAAAAAACUAUAUUUGAUGCUAUAGCUCAAAAUGAUUUAGUGGAAUUCAAGAAUAUUUUGGCCCAACACAAAGGAACCGUCGAUUUCUUUGACGAAAAUGGUAUGACUGCUUUGCAACACGCCGCUUAUAAGGGCAACAAGGAUAUGGUUCAAUUGUUACUCGACAGGGGAGCCGAUGUUAAUUCUGGAAAGCAUGAGUACAACUACACGGCUCUACACUUUGGCGCCCUGUCUGGGAGCUCGGAGGUUUGCAAGCUGCUCCUGGACGCGGGCGCGAAGUCGACUGCUACUAACUCUGUUGGGCGCACUGCCUCGCAGAUGGCUGCGUUUGUUGGUAACCACCACACUGUCGCGACCAUCAACAACUACGUGCCGCGCACCGAAGUUGCAUACUUUACUGCUUUACAAGGACAGCAAGCAGAACCUUACCUACCUGCCUCCUUAGUUGACCCUCUUCAUAAGUUUGUGCUUGGUGUAAACAUCCACCCAGUGCGACUGGCACUCAAUCUACAACACAUACCUACCUUACUAGACAAUGCUGACAAAGUUAUUAAAACACUGGAGCUUUUGUGCAAGAAAGAGAUGACAAGAGGAGGUGAUACUAACGAAGUGAUGGCAUUUAAAUAUCAUUAUUUGGCCUAUGUACUUAGAGAAAUUCAUAAUAUUAGGGAUAAGAAGCCAAAUGCCGACAAGGAGGAGAAGAAACACGAUGUUGUUGAAGUGUUCUCUAAGAAACUGUUGAAACCCGGCAAGGAUGGUGUGUCCUUGGACUUAAUGGAUACAUUCUUAAAAGAUUGUGUGCGAGAGUUUCCUUUUAGAGAAUGUACAACUUUCCACCAGAUGGUGAGUUCCCUCACUAGUAAAGACCCUCCACCCGCUCUGUCUGUGAUCAACUGCACUAUCAAUGGUCAGAGAGGGUUUGUGGACGCCAUCCCAUACUGUAGCACUUGUGGGGAAGAGAAGCCAGCCAAGAAGUGUUCCAAGUGUAAAUCUGUGCAGUAUUGUGACAGGGAGUGCCAGCGUUUGCACUGGUUUGUGCACAAGAAGGCUUGUAACAGAGAGUCUAGUGCCCCCGCACCCACCAACAAUGCUAAAGUCAACAUUGAUGCUAACGAAUUGAGUUCUGAGCUUCAAAACUUAGUAGCAGGAUAGGAGUAACAUUCGCCAGGGUGAUUGGUGUCUAAAAAUAUAAGGAUAAAACAAUUCCACUUUAACUAUCUGGAUGUAUUUUCUUGUAAUGUAGGUUUUAUAGUUUAUCUGACACACAAAAUAAAUAAUGUUCUUCUAAUUACAAUAGAAGUUCAAUAUUUUUGUAUCAAUCACAAAUUAAUGUUAUUACUUUUGCUAUGGCAAACAAUUUUAAAAUGCUGUUAUUGGUUCAAACUUUGCUAGAGCAUUUGUUGUACAUAAUGUGUUGUAACUUCUUCAGUGUGUAUGUAAUCUGUAAAUUCAAUAUAUCAAAAUUAUAAAU